GUUUAAAAGAGGAUGAUUAAGCGUCAGCAAGCUCUGUGUUUACAUUCUGUGUUUAUUAUUUUGGUUUUCGCCUUAUGCGGGGCCUCCCGAUAAAAGUUUAUCAGCUUCUCUAGCAGUUCUUACAAGUUUCAAAAUUUAUUUUUUAGCAUAAACCUCGUUCGAGAUGGACGAAAUCUGUCGCCUGUGUUUGCAGCAGCUACAACCGGGCUCGUUGGUGAACCUCUUUGCGGUCAAUUUUUCCAUCCGUCCUUCGGAGAUGAUAACGAGGUGUGCAUCGGUUGAAAUUUACGAGAAAGAUGGCCUUCCGGCUGCGAUUUGCAACGAUUGUUUCUACAAGCUUGGCAUGGCGUUUGAGUUCCGAAAUCGAUGCGAAACAUCCGAUCAGAAGCUGCGGAGCUAUAUGCGCGGACAAGAAGGUCACCAACGGGCAGAGUCGCCCGCUUGUAAAGUGGCAAAGGAUGAUGAGAUUUAUGCAGCGAUGAGUGAAAUUUUCGGUGAAGAUGUACAGAUCGAGGAUAAAAGCGCAGAAGUAUUUCCGGGUCGUAAGCCUGACGACACUCCCCAUGACUCAAAAAUACAGCGAAACGUCAAGAAAGUGGAACCCAUGAAAAAGCGAGCUCAACUGGAUGAGUUAUUGGUGAAGCACAGGGCCAAGCUGAAGGAAGAAGGCAGACAGGUGAAUAUAUUCCGAGAGAAAAAGCCUUCUAAAAAGUCGAAUCAAAAAGGUGCGAAAAAAGGGACAAUUUUGAAGGAACCAGAACGCUGUCCAACGUGUGGGAAAACUUUCAACUACAGCGGAUAUUUGCAAGCACAUCAGAGGAUUCAUACUGGAGAAAAACCUUUUGCAUGCCAGGUUUGUAAUCGUCGUUUUGCCCAAUCAGGAAACUUGCAGCUACAUCUGCGAGUACACAACAACGAGCGGAGGUUCCAGUGCGAGAUCUGCAGUAAGCUCUUUAGGACUUCCAGCAACCUUCAUGCGCAUAGAAAAACUCACUCGGAGGAACGAAACUUUCUCUGCACGCUGUGUGACCGAGCCUUCCGAACAUCUCAGGAACUCAAAAAUCACUCGGAGACACACAACGUCGUCAAAAGUUACAUGUGUCAACUUUGCGAUGACCAUAAAGCCUUCCAAAAGCAGUCUUAUCUGAACAACCAUGUUAAAACCGUUCAUAUUGGCAUUAAGCGACAUCGUUGUCAGGAUUGUGGGAAGGUUUUCUCGAACAGCUCGAAUUUAAUUGCCCACCGACGAGUUCAUAGUGGUGACAGACCAUACAGUUGUAAAGAAUGUGAUGGGAAAUUUACUCAAUCUCCGGCUCUACUGAGACACAUCAAAGCAAAGCAUCGACCGAAACCGGUAGAACCUGUGAUACCGGAAACUGUGGAAGAGGUGCUGGAGCCAUCAAUCGACGUGGAUGAGAAUGCUUCUCUAGAUAGUACCGCUAGCUCCGAAUUGUCCGUUACUACAUCGCUGAUAGAGAAUCACUCUGGUUACAACCUACCGUACAUGCCAACGUACGUGCCAUCACAUCCCCAACCGGCCUUAACAGCGUCACAUCACAUACCACCUAAUCAUCACCAUUCGUCAUCACCGUCAUCCAUGCAGAUGCCACCGGCCGGCACAUCGGGCAAUCUCUAUACCUCGGACCUCUAUCAAUAUCCCUCGAAUUCUGCCAUCCCAGCGCAUCACUACCAGCAGCAACAUUUGGACGUUGGUGGAAGCUAUGAUAUGUGUUACACUAUGCCUACUCCUUCCGUGCUGAAUCCAAGCCUGAUGAAUCCACAACCGACGUAUAUUUUUGAUCAAUAAAAUACGGAUUCGAUUUACA